GGCAUGAUGUCCCCAGCAGCAACAAUUGUCACCAUAUGCAAAUUGUGGAAAAUAGUUUGUAUCUUGGUUCCUAUACAUGUUCACACGGCCGUUCAAGCAGCUAUGGAAUUGCUGUCCUUACCACUCGAAGAACUAUUUGGGUAUUGGAGGAAAGAUUGGUUGACUGAGGACAUUAUGCAUUGCGUCGCCAAAAAUGAAUGGCGGUAAAUGUGAACCGGUGAACCUGUAGAUAUCAAACUAGACACGUUUGACAUCACACACAUCGAUCUCAAUGUCGAUAAGUGAUUUGGAUAUACAUCCUAGAAUUAUUGGAUCAUUACAAAAAGCUCGUUUUCAAAGUUUUGAAGCAAUUUUAAGCUUGUCCUCAGCUGACAUCGAGCGAGCCACCGGCCUCUCUGCUGGUGACGUCAAUAAUCUCAAGCAAGCUGUUGCUGAAGCAGUCCCGAAACCACCUGUUGUCACAGCUUUGGAAUUAUUGAAAGGCUCUGGCAGUGUUGUUCCCAUCAGGAAACUGAGCACAGGCUGCCCUAUUAUAGACAGGCAUCUGAAAGGGGGGAUAUUGUCAACCGGUAUUACGGAGAUUUCAGGGGAGAGUGCGAGUGGCAAGACUCAACUGUGUCUACAGCUGUGUCUCACAGCACAGCUUCCACUAGAACAUGGAGGCCUGGAAGGAGGUGCGGUGUAUGUGUGCACUGAGGAUGCGUUUCCGAACAAGAGGCUUCACCAGGUGAUCCAGCACUUCACGAGGAAGUGGUCUCCGCCACGACUGCAGCAGGAUCUCGCUAAUCUGGGAGAUAACAUCUUCGUGGAGCAUGUGGCUGAACAUGAGGGCCUAAUGUUCUGUGUCCACAAGAAGAUCCCAAUCCUCCUGGCCAAGGGAAUGGUGAAGUUGGUGAUCAUAGACUCAGUCGCUGCUCUCUUCCGCUGUGAAUACGGCCAGGGGGAGACAGUGAAGCGGGCUAAGCACAUGGCAUCCUUCGCAGCCCACUUGCACAAGCUGGGACAUCAGCACAACGUUCCCAUUGUCUGCGUCAAUCAGGUGUCUGCUAACCUGUCAUCAAACAGCAGCCAGAGCUCUGUCCUCCCAGCUCUGGGAUUGUCCUGGUCCAAUCAGAUCACGUGUCGUCUGAUGCUGCGUCGGACCCGCCAGAAGGUGGCCCUACCUGUGCAGACAGUCGGUGGGGGCCGGGAGAACAUCGAGUGUGCAGUGAGGAUGUUAGAAGUUAUGUUUGCCCCUCAUCUUCCACCUGGAGCCUGUGCUUUUGUUGUUGACCAUCAGGGCGUCUCUGGGCUGGAGUAGGGACAGUGUGUCGCUUGUGUGUGCGUGAUCAUUUACCGUAGAGAGUGUAUAAAGGUCACUAACGUCCACUUGUAUUGACGGAGUUGUGGUGUGUCAGUGCUGGUGUAAGGGUCUCUGAAGUGCUUACUGCAAAUACAUGUAUUAAAAACCUUGGCUCAA